AUGGUUAAAACCAAUGCUCAAAUACGUAUUCUCAUUGAUGAGCAUAGAAAUAGAAAUGAAGAAUAUCAUAAUUUUGAAAGGAAUCGAAUUAGAUUUUGGGAUAGCAUCACAAUCAAAAUUAAUCAAGAACAUAAUACAAGCUUUAAUGGAUACCAAUGUAAAAAAAAGUUUAUGAAUCUUGUUCAGAAUUACAAUGGAAUCAAAGAGCAUGAAGAAGUCGAACAGAUAAUUGGAGGGAAUAAUAUAUCUGUACCAUCUAUUGGAGAAGUUGAACAUGAAUUAGGCCAAAUAUUGCCAGCAUCUCCAUCUCUAUUCCGUGAUAUAAUAAAUACUAAUACAAACAAUCCUGGUGUGGAAAAUCCUGAACAAAAUAUUGAUCAUGCUGGCUCUAUCAAAACAUCAUCUCUUCAACUAGCACCACCACCUUAUGAGGCCACAGAUGAAGUAUGA